CCGCCGGCGGGUGCCCCCCUUCUUUUUGGCGGUUUUGAACAUUUGUGCGGGACGAGGGGCUCGCGGCAGGUGAGAGCAUCUUGCGCGUCGCCGGGAAGCCCGCUGGCCCCUGGCGCGCCCCCCUGGGACCGCCUGCACCGCGGCCCCGAAAGUUUUUUUUUUUUUUUCUUAAAUAUCUUAACAUUCAGAUGUAUUUAUCAAGAUAGAAGUAAUUUUAUUUUAUUUUUUUCCUUCCCUUAUCUCUACCGCCUUGAAAGCGAGCACUUUCGGCCAAGGCCAGAGGAAAACGCUCGGCCACAUUUGGGCUUGGGGAGGGGGGGAGGGCGAUUUGAUUUUAUUUUCUUAAAGAAAAAAAAAAAAUUGAGUGCAUCGAGAUGGAGAAAAUGCCCCGCCAGCUCCCCCUGAACCCCACCUUUAUCCCGCCUCCCUACGGCGUGCUCAGGUCCCUGCUGGAGAACCCGCUGAAGCUCCCCCUCCACGAAGACGCCUUUGGUAAAGAGAAAGACAAGGAGAAGAAGCUGGACGAUGAGAGCAGCAGCCCGACGGUCCCGCAGUCGGCGUUUUUGGGGCCCACCUUAUGGGACAAAACCCUCCCCUAUGAUGGAGAUACCUUCCAGCUGGAAUACAUGGACCUGGAGGAGUUCCUGUCGGAAAAUGGCAUUCCCCCCAGCCCGUCCCAGCAGGACCACAGCCCCCACCCCGCCGGGCUGCAGCCGGCCCCCGCGGCUGCCCCCUCGGUCAUGGACCUCAGCAGCCGGGCCUCCGCACCCAUUCACCCUGGCAUCCCAUCUCCCAACUGCAUGCAGAACCCCAUCAGACCAGGUCAGCUGUUGCCAGCAAACCGCAAUACACCAAGUCCUAUCGAUCCAGACACCAUCCAGGUCCCGGUGGGCUACGAGCCAGAUCCAGCGGAUCUCGCCCUCUCCAGCAUCCCUGGCCAGGAAAUGUUUGACCCUCGCAAACGCAAGUUCUCUGAGGAAGAACUGAAGCCACAGCCCAUGAUUAAGAAAGCCCGCAAAGUCUUUAUCCCUGAUGACCUGAAGCAGGAUGACAAGUACUGGGCCAGGCGCAGAAAGAACAACAUGGCGGCCAAGCGCUCCCGCGACGCCCGGCGGCUGAAGGAGAAUCAGAUUGCCAUCCGGGCCUCGUUCCUGGAGAAGGAGAACUCGGCCCUCCGCCAGGAGGUGGCUGACUUGAGGAAGGAGCUGGGCAAAUGCAAGAACAUACUUGCCAAGUAUGAGGCUAGGCACGGGCCCCUGUAGGAUGGCAUUCUUGCGGGCUUUGCUUUGGAAUGGAUGGACAGUUUGUUUCCUGUCUGAUAGCUCCACACCCAAACCGACCUUUCUGACAUCAGCACUUUACCAGAGGCAUAAACACAACUGACUCACAUUGUGUGCAUCGUGUGUGUGUGAGUGUACGUGUACACCUGCUUGUGCUCGUGUGUGUGGCCCACAGGGUGCGUGCUUGCGUGCAUGUGUGUGUGCGUGCGAGUGUAUGUGUGUGUGUGUCCCCUUUGCACUUGCCAUUUUUAGGUAGCCCUCUCAUUCUCUUUUAGUUCCAACAAAAGGAAGGUGCCAUGUUUUUACUCGACUCUGGAGCCCCCUCGGGGAUCCACCUCCCCUUCCCGUCUUCCCGGCUCCUGCCCUUUCUGUGUGGCUUGGUGUUGCAGCUUCCCCACUCCUGCAGGACCCUGUGCUAGGAUUCCCUGCGAGGGGCCCUGGUGAAAUAGUGGAUCUCAGUUGUCAAGAGUUCCAGCUCCUGUUCCUGUCACCUGGAAGUGACCCUGCUCACAAGGUGCCCCAAAUACCUUCCCCCAGCACUACACGCAGCUCUGUCCACUCACAGAUUGCUUUCCUCGUAUUUUCCGUUUUGGUGGUAAUUGUCUUCAAAUUGAAAGUGCUGUUUAAGAGUUCUUAGAUGCCGUAUUUACUUACUGCUAUCUAAUAAGUUUCCUUUCAAUUCUGCCAGCCCCGCCUAAGUAGGAGUACUCUUCUAGAACACAGGGUGUCUCUGCACUGUCUGUACUAAAGCAAUAAUCCUGCUGUGCACUAGAGCAUGCUGCCUGAGUCUCCUAGUGGACGCAGGAUGUUUUCCCUACCUAAGGAUCUCACUGUCUUUUAAAAACAAAAAGGAAUGCAUUUGCGCAUGACCAGAACAUCCCCAGGACAGGGAAGCAGAGGGAGAUGGGAGGUCUAAGAAUGAGGGGUUCAUUUCUCAGUCCACGAGCCAUGGACCAGCCUUUGCCGUUGUGUUUGGUUUUGUUCUCUCCCCUCUCCCAAACCCCACCCACCUCCUACUUCUCUAGUUAACUUUGUCCAUAUCCCUCUUGAUAUUCCAAGCAAUUCAGUGACUUAAGAUUGAGUUUUCCCAUUUUUUUGUAAUAUAUUUUUGUGAAUUAUACUUUGCUGUUUUUAAAAAAAUCAGUUAAGUUAAUAAGUUGAUGUUUUGUAAGGCCCUUUUUCCUCAUGGUGUCAUUUUUGAAUGCCUCAUAAAUUAAUUAUUCUAGAGCUUAUGUUUCUUACUCUGUUUGCUUUUGAACGUAUGUGCUCUUAUAAAGUAGACUUCUGAAAAACGAAUGUAAAAGACACUGGUGUAUCUCACAAGGGGAUGGCUUUGUCACAAACUGUGGUUAAUCCAAUCAAUCUAAGUGUUUACUGUAGACCAAAAGGAGAUUAUUAAAUUGUUUAAUGUUUAUACAGAGUAAUUAUAGGAAGUUCUUUUUUUGUACAGUAUUUUUCAGAUAUAAAUACUGACAAUGUAUUUUGGAAGACAUAUAUUAUAUAUAGAAAAGAGAAAAGGAAAACU